AUGGCACAGGACGAGCACGAACCACAUCAGAAGGAGGUGAACGAGCAGCAAAAGACGACGUUCAACAGUUCGGCCAGCGGAGUCUCCACGUGUUUCACUAGCUCGUUUCGGUCCACUAAGCCCGUGUCCGAAGCUGGCGUCGAUCCCUUGCGGCCGCUCAGCUCUUCCCAUCGGUCGUUCGCCUCGUGGCGGCUCCAGAGGAAGCGGUUGCGCAGCUCACCAGCCCGAGUGCCACUCAUCUCGGUCACGUCGUUGUAUAACCGCCUACAGACUUCUGGUGUCGUGCUCGUAGACUGCCGCAAGGGCGUCGAGUUCUCGUUGGGUCAUCUUCCGGAUGCUCUGCAUUGCCCUCAUGUACAUACCGUAUCGCAUCUGUCGGCGCUGAGCUGUGUUGGACAAGUAGCUAAGACGGUUGAUGACGUGUUGGAGCUUACUGAGAACGAGAACCUGCGUGAGAAGUUGGCGAGAAGAGACCUCGUUGAAGCGGUCGUCAUUGGUGGUAAUCACACGAGUGCGUCCUUUCUGUAUCGACUGGACUGGGGCUACCGCUUUGCGAAGAUGCUGAUGGAUGAGGGCCGCGUGUUUUCUGUGCGAUUCCUUGCACAAGGAUUUCCAGCCUUUGCUGAGAAGUAUCACUUUAUGUUGACGCCGUCAUCGGUGUUGAGUCAUCCAGCUGAGCCACUGAUCAUCAAGACGAGUGUCGCGGCUACAUGCUCUAGUUCUGCCCGGACGAUGCAUUUUCCAAACGAAAUCGCUGACGGAUUUCUCUACUUGGGCAACUUUUGGCAAGCCAACUCGGCCGAGGUCAUUGAGUCCUUGCGGAUUACGCAUGUGGUCAAUAUGGGGGCGAUUACUGCGCAUCGGAACAAAUUUGCGCACGUGAAGUACCUUGAUGUAGCCAUCAAGGACAAUGUGGACGUAGACAUCACCCAAGAAUUUGAUCGCACGACCAAGUUUAUCCAGAAAGCGGCAGAGGGCAAUGGCCGUGUGCUGAUCCAUUGUGUCCAAGGUGUCUCGCGUUCGUCCACGAUCUGUAUCUGGUACGUGAUGCUCAAGACCAAGUGUUCGCUGUCAGCCGCGUACAGCCACGUACUGAAAUGCCGGCCCCUGAUUUUCCCGAAUCGAGGCUUUAUGGCGCAACUGAUUGCCAACGAGCGACAGUUGUACGGCGACCAGAGUGUCAUUGAAGACGAUCUCGAGCUGUUGCAAAACGGUCUUUUGUCGCCUGUGGAUCGCAGCGGCUCGAAGUUGUGUCUCACUUUUCUUCCGUGA